UGAGCGUUGUGUGCCAGCAUGGAAGUCAAGAUCUUCUGCAGCGCCAUGCGGGCCCGGGGGUAACACGGGGGGAUCGUGUUGUCGGACAGGUCACAGUAUCCUUCCCCUUUAUCGAUCAGCUGCUAGCAUCUCUGUUAGACCCCCUGCCCCAAUUACACCAGGGGUAGGGGGUCUUCCACAAAGGCAACAAAAUGGUUUCCUUAAGCUGUAGUGAGCCACUAACGGCUCCUGAUGUUCUCUCAAAUGCUACAGCAUCCUCUGAGCAGAAAUUGUCCGUUCCACAGUGGGGAGAAAUGUCAUUGCUCACCCUCCUGAAGAGUGAUGAUGCGUCCACAGCAUCCAUGUCAGAGGAGAUCAAUAACACCACUUUCUUGGUCAAGGGAGAAGGUGAAGGAGAGCAGGGUCUUCAGGAGGAGGUAGGAGGAAUUUUUUUCUCCCAGCUGGUGAAAGCCAUGGAAGACCCAAAGGAAAGCACACAGGGAGCACAGCUGAAGCUUCCUGACUUCUCUUCCAGUGUCUCUAGAGACUUCUCCCCCACUUUGGAGGAAAUUGAAGAGUUUUUGAAGGACAAUAUGGAUAUAAUCCGAGAGGAGCUUGGAGACAGGCAUCCUGUUCCUGGUGGGAGGCUUCAGAACUCUAAAACAGGAGAGCAAAUACCAUCAACUAACCAGACUAUUCCUACAGAGGAUGUAGCUACUCCAGUGACUACAAAUUCUUCAGCCAAUUCGCCUUCACCUACAAGCAGCAUCCCUAUAAUCCUACAGAUCCAACCGAUGUCCAUGCCUGGUGCUGCUCCUUUUACACAAAGCUCCAUAGGCAACAUACAGUUGGCACAGCUAGUUAUCAGUGUUCAGGGCCAGAACCUGACAUUAGCUCCUGCCCCAGGACCUACCUCAAUUGGAGAUCAGAAGUAUGUGAGAAUAGCUCCACUCCCUGUGGCUGUCCGUCCCCUUACAUUGGGUGGGGUUUUCAUGGGUGAAGGGCAACAGAAGAUACAGAAAGGUGCUUCAGCUGUGAUCAGGGUGCACAAGUGUAGCCACCCUGGUUGUAACAAGAUGUACACAAAGAGCUCACACCUCAAGGCUCACUUCAGGCGGCAUACGGGAGAAAAGCCUUAUGUUUGCACGUGGCCGGAGUGUGGCUGGAGGUUCUCCCGCUCGGAUGAGCUGUCGCGCCACAAGAGGUCACAUUCUGGUGUAAAGCCGUACCAGUGCGUUAUAUGUGAUAAGAAGUUUGCCCGCAGUGAUCACUUGUCAAAACAUAUGAAGAUUCACCGUGGACAGCGGGUCAUCACAUCUCGGACACCCAGGGCCAGCACUUAACCUUGCGUUUGCUUUUCUGUCCACUAAAAACAAACUGGCUACUGUGAAACUUGAGCCAUGUAAUCAUCUCUCUUCAGAAUGUUCAGACAUAUGGUGCCUAUUCGCACAUUAGAGAAGACUAUGUAAACAUUUUGCCUAUGUAAGAUGCGGUACAUCCCCCCUGGUGUUUAGAGGUUUAACAAACAAACGGUUGUCCCCAUUAAUGCAAGCUAAUCUGUGGGGCUAGAUAUAUGUGUCUUCCUUAUAUCCAUUGAUGUGAUCUGGAUAUUUAAUCCCUGUGAAUUUUACCAUACCUCUUCUUUCAGAAAAAAACUGUUACUGUCCACAGAGCAACAGCCUGAUUACUGGACAAUAGGACAUGUCUGUACAGUGCCACCUAUACUGUACAUAGUUUAAAGGUACAAUGGACGGUAGUAUUUAUAAUCUCUCAGUGCCUGUUACUUUCAUUACACUCACAUGUGUAUACAAUUGUGCUGGGAUAUGUAGAAAUGCCAACACAACAGCAAAUAAGUAUUUUUAUGGAUGGAAUGUAAAAUAAAUAUAAGUAAGGUUGCCAUAUUUUGACUUUUAAAAGACCCUUAUGGAAAAAUAAUGACAUCUGUUAUAGAAACGGUUAAGAAACGUUCUAAGAACCCUGGAAUAUGUAUUUUUCAUAAGGGACCUCUUUAAAAGCGGCAAUAUGUCAAAUCUAAACUUAAGUAAUAUUAUAGCAAUCAUUCCAGGUGAAAAUUUAUCCUCGCUAGUAUCUAAUGUUUCAGUUCAUUUUGGGAACUUUGUAAAAUAAAAAAAAAAAUCCAAUUUGAACUAAAUGGUUAACUAAAUAUAUUGUACACGUUCAUCUGGAGUGCAUGUUACUAUUUCUUAUAUGUAUUCCCUUGCUUAAUAUAAAAGUGACGCUUUAUCUUCCUAUACCUAAUUUGUUCUUCCAUCUUAGCUCUGGAUCUUUAUUUUGUCCUAAUUGUAUUAUUCUUGAAUUGCCCUGUCUCACAUUUAAUCCAUUUUCUAUUGGGUAGUUUGUCAGCAUGUUGCUAUAGUUACAAAAAGUUGCUAUAGUUACAAAGUGAUUUAUGCAGUGCAUAUGUAUAUAUGCAAAUACAAAUGUUACACUUGUGGCUGUGAUUGCCACCUCUUGUAGGGGAAAAGACUGACCUUUAAAAUUUUGUAUAAUUAAUUUUGCAACUGCACAUGACAUAACCUGAGAACUAGAGCUUGUUAUAACUAUAAACAAAAUCACAAAAGAUGUUCUUAAAUUGUAUAAACUUUAACGGUUCUAGUUACAAAAAAAUGAACUUGCCUUGUUGGUAAAAUACAUUAAUUUGUAAAACUCACUGUAGGCGAAUGAAUUGCCUUUUAAAAGGAGUAUGAAUUCCAUUUUUAAUGUGAUCAUUUUUACUUUCCAAAGCAUCUGCCACUUAUUCUAUUAGUGGAACUUGCAGAUAUAUUUAGCAAUGAAGGCGCUUAACUUUGGGAUGGUUUUUUUGGCACUUAGCUGGUGAGCUGGUGAUCAGGAGUCAUUUGAUUUCCUAAUUCAUUAAUUAAGCAUUUUUUUUUAAAAGAAUUUAGGGGUUAUGGUUUUGUGUUGUCAUUUCUGGGGGAUACGUUAUACAUUAACUUUAUUCCAUUGCUUCAAGUCCAUAAUAAUUAAUGUAAUUGUUUCAAUUUUUUUUGCAUUAUUGCAGUUUUUGAAAACUUUUUCUGAAGUGCCUUGUCUGCUCUUUGUCUUAGGGGACAGACUAAUCCUCUGCAAAUGUGUAAACCUCUUCAUUCAGUCUAUGGCGCUACAGCUGCCUGUGUUGUACAAAAACAGUACAGCCCCUGAUUGACUGUAUAGCACGGUGUAUUAAUUAAAUUAAAAAAUAAAAAUGACUUUUUAACCUAUUUAUUUUGCACAAAUGCAGUAGUAAAAAGUUAACAUGUUGAAACGUAUCUAUAUUGAGCAUUAUUAGUUGAAAGCAAUGCAUAAAAAGUUAAGGGAAAUAUUUAACUAAUAAACUCACAUUAAAGGGACAUUAGAGUAAAAAAUAAACUGUCUUCAGGUAGAAGUGAAAUAAAAACUUGUUUAAAAAUUGCUCUGUUAUCUAAUUUGCUUUGUUCUUUUGGUAUCUUUGGUAUACCUAAGUAUGCUCAGGAGCAAGAAUAUAUACUACUGGGAACUAGCUGCACAUAUAUGCCUCUUGUCAUUGGCACACUUAAUGUGUCCAACUAGCUCCUAAUAGUGGAUUACAGCUCCUUCAACAAAGGAUAACAAGAGAAUUAAAGGGAAAGUAUACACCAAUUUUCAUAUAACUGCAUGUAAUAGACACUACUAUAAAGAAUAAUAUGCACAGAUACUGAUAUAAAAAUCCAGUAUAAAAUUGUUUAAAAACUUACUUAGCUGGAUAGCUGGAACACCCACUGAAAGUGGCUGUAUAGCAAAAAGUGCAGACACUCCCCCCUCCCUCUGCAUAUGAAAAGACCCUUUACACAAACAGCAGCAAGCUAGAGUAGGUAUACAUCAGUAUACUUUUAAAACUUUGGGUCCUGGUUAGGAGAAGAUCAGGGCACUGAUGAGCAAAACUAUUUUUGUUUUUUAAAAACCUGUAUGAGCUAUAUAAAUGGAUCUACAAAACAUUUAUGCAAAGAAAAAUCUAGUGUAUAAUGUCCCUUUAAGCAAAUUUGAUAAUAGAUGUAAAUUUGUUUAAAAUUGUAUACUCUAUCUAUAUCAUGACAGGAAAAUGUAGUUUCAUUACCCUUUAAAAUAAAAAAGCAAAAUGGUGUUUCCAAUUCUUUGUAGUUUGCAAAAAUAGCCCCUUUUUCUUGUUCCAUAUAGAAGACUCAAUGCAGCCACAGGGUGAAUGGGGCUAGUUUUGGUGAUUUUCUUUAUGUGGCUUUUAUGUCAUUGUUAACACAUUGUUCUAUACUUUAAUUCAUCAUUUCUAUGUUUUUGUGUUGAAGCCACAAUCAGCACUAUUUGAAUCCAGUAAUUGAUGUUGAUUUGCUAGUUUCAGAAGCAUAUAUCAAACAGUUCUACAAAGUGGGUAGCCAGUUUUUUUUGUGUGUGUUCUUUUUGUUUUUCUGGACACUAAAGUACGCUUCUAUGUUAUUUGUAGCCCCAAAACAGCUGCUUUUUCCUUUCUACUUUCCUUUUUAAUGCUUAAUUCAAGUAGCAUGGUAUGUGUUUGUUUUUUUCCCUUGUUUAAAAUUUUAAAUAUUUUAUAAUUAUUUUUAUAUUAUCUUAAUAAGAUACUUUGAGGUUAACAGAUUUCCCAUUUUCAGGUAUGUCAACUACUGUGUACUAUGCAUAAUAAAUAACGGGAUGAAUCUUAACAAUUUUGUAAGUUGCGAUGUCUUCCAUUUUUCUAAUUAUUAAAUCCUGUGCAACGUUUUAUUUUCAUGUCUAGUUACAAUAAUCUGCAGAAAUUAAAUGUUUAUUGGGUCUAGCAGUCAUGCAGAAUAGAUGCUUACCCAGGUGAAAUAAAACCUUUAAAACAUAUCUUGUAUAUAUAAUGCUUUAUUCUGGAAUCAAAUAAUAUUUUUUCCAAAAGUAAUUGGUUAUUUCAUCAGCACAAUCAUAUGAUUGGGUCCUCUGCAGAAAUUGCUAUCUUCUCCCCCCCCCCCCCCUCCCCAGAGCAUGGGCGGAAAAAAAAACCUUUUAAGACAGUGUGCCCAAAUUGUCAAUAAUUCUGAUGAGGAUUAUCUUCAUGGUAAUUUGUAUUUGAGAAGUUGAAUUUAUUAUUAUGUCUGUAAUUUGAAUGCCAUGAGAAGUAUAAAUAAGUAAUUAUUAACAAUAAUAAACCUUUUAAAAAACAA